GUACGUGCGUCUGCACGCGUGCGCAGACGGCUCCUCCCUGUGCACCCCGACCCGGCCCGCCUUCCGGGUUCUUAUAGCGCCGCGGGCGGCGGUUGGCGACGGGGACGACGGCGGCGACAUGGCGGCGGCACUGCUUGUGGUUCUGGGGCUCGUCCUGAGCAUCGAGAGCGGCUCCGGGGCGGGGAGCAAUAUCACGACUUCCAAACUUAUUGUUGACUCCAAAACACGCCUCACCUGCACCUUGGAUUCCAGUGACACUGCCAUCCUGGGACACCGCUGGACGAAAGGGGACAAGGUGCUGCAGGAGGAUUCGGAGCCCGAUCUGACAACGCAGUAUGAGGUAGACACACACGAGAGCGCAGGACAGUACUUCUGCACCUUCCUCUCGGAACCUACAGGCAGAACCGCCGGCGUGAAUGUGGAGGGGCCCCCCAAGGUUAAGGCUGUGAAGAAGUCAGAGCAUGCCACUGAAGGAGAGACAGUUGUGCUGGCCUGCAAGUCUGAGUCUUUCCCCCCGGUUACCGACUGGUUGUGGUACAAGAUAAACGACAAUGGGGUCCAGAUUUUCAACAACGCGUCCCAGAACAAGGUUGUGAUGUCCUCGGAGACCAAGACGGAGUUGCACAUCCAGAACCUAGACCUGGAGGCAGACCCUGGCAAGUAUGCCUGCAAUGGCACCAAUGCAGAGGGCACUGACCAGGCCAUCAUCACGCUGCGUGUGCGCAACCGCCUCGCUGCCCUCUGGCCCUUCCUGGGUAUUGUGGCUGAGGUGCUCGUGCUUGUCACCAUCAUCUUCAUCUAUGAGAAGCGGCGGAAGCCGGACGAGGUCCUGGAUGAUGAGGACACGGGCUCUGCUCCACUGAAGAGCAGCGGGCACAUGAAUGACAAAGACAAGAACGUCCGCCAGAGGAACUCCAACUGAGUGAGCAAGUGAGUGAGGCAGUGAGGAGGAGUCUGCACAGGCCUGAGCUGCUGUUCAGAGGAGCUGUGUUCCAGGUGUUCCUGGUGUUCGCACCAUUCCAAGUCCUCUCCUCUUAAAGGAAACCUACCCUGCAAAGUAGACCACACUGUUGAUUCAACUCACCUCUUUUCUCUUAUUUUUAAAAGAAACUAAGCUAGGGUUUUCUCUAUGUAGAAUUCCAUUCCUUAGGGGUUUUGCUUUUUUAUUUUUAAGAGCACUCCAGGGGAGCUGCGAGGUUCUGUGGGGAGCUCCUGCUGUCCCCUGCCUAUCCUCUCCAUGUUCCUUCCUUGCACCCCCAAACCAUACCCUUGGUGUCCCCUGGGCAUUUAAUUUAGCCUCUAGUCCAUCAUGCUGGGGGGCUGUGGAUGACAGACUGGCUUUUCCCUGAGACUCCUCCUUCCACAGCUCACCUCCUGAGGCUGCUUUCUGCUGCUUCACUGCCCUUUUCAGGAGGUCACAGGUCCCAAUGCCUGGCGUCCUGCCUGCCUGAAGCAAGUCCUGUCACAUCACCGCAGGUCUGUGUGACCUAGUCCAGCCUGACUUCAUGGCCACCCCUCAGAGUAUCCCCCUCACUGCUCCUGCCCUCCCCACGCUGGGGAGGGGGGUCUGGAUCACCAUCAUGGGGUGGGAGUUGCUGUAACAGCCCCAUUUGCAUCUGUGCUCAUGGUGACUGAAGAAGCCCCCUCCCCAGUGGGGCCUGAGGCUUCUUCCUUCACAGCAUCCUGACUUACAUGGGAGCCCCCAACCCCACCUGCCUGCUCACCAAUAAAGGCCGACCCACCUCUCCCUC